AUGGCGUGGCUUACGGACCUGCUGAGUGUCAGACAUAUUGGGUUUCUGAUGCCGAGUCUCUGCCUUUCCCGAAAGCACAACCUCACGGAGCAUCUGGCUUUGAACUCCAGAUCCCCGAGAAUCGUCGUGAGCACUUGGCACGAUGAGCCAGACUGUGCUGAUGUGGCGGCUGACGAUGGGACGGACCAAGCCUGUGCCAUCAUGAUGACAAACCAAACGAAUGGCAUGCGCUUUAAGAACGACGAUGCGCUGUCAGUCUGGACGCCUGGACGGUGGAAGAAAGUCUUUCACAACGUGGACCAAUGGUGGUACUAUGACCGUACCGUAACAGCAGAGUGGCUGGACUUCUUGGCAAAUUCAACAGGUCUGCCUGCUUCAGUUUUCGGGUUUUAUGAGCUGUCUGACAUGUCCGUGUAUGGCAUGAUGAUGCAUUGGUCUGCGUUCUAUGCUCAUCCUGGACGCACCGAAGUCGUCAACAUCAGAGCAGAAAUCCGCAAAGUCGAUCCUGGCGCCUUUAGCAGGUGCUGCAGCUGUUCGCUACCAACGGCGACGGGUCUGCCCCCCCGAUGCUCAACAGCACUUGAGCUGUUUCAGGGCUGCCUGACAGUCAUCCCUCUCGAUCGACGCUUGGAGAUCGCCAUCGAGCGGCUGGGCUUUUUUGGCUUCUCCAACUACAACCGCUUUCAACAUGUUCCAGAUGUCGCAUACAACACGCUGACUGAUGCUAAGCAUGGCUUGCACUGGUGCUACAUCAACUGUUUCAAGGUCGAUGCAAUGAAUAAGAUGCUGCACUUGCAACAUGUCGAUCUUCAAGGCAUCUACCAGCAGAGGGAAGCUUUCACUCAGACCACCGUGUGA